CUAACAUAGAAAUUAAUAUAUUUCAGACUAAACCUGUAAAAUGCCUCCAAACACAAAAGUUGUUGGUAUGAGUAUGAUGGAUGUAGACCGACCAGGGGCCCCUACAGGAGAUGGUCUGCGCUCCUAUUAUAUAACUAAGAUUGAAGAACUUCUUCUAACUGUCAGUGAUAAAAGAAUGAAUGUUCGCAGGUUACAAGCACAGAGGAACGAACUUAACGCAAAGGUUCGUAUGCUCCGGGAGGAGCUUCAGCACCUGCAGGAGCAGUGCUCUUAUGUGGGUGAGGUGGUGAAACCUAUGGAUAAGAAGAAGGUCCUCGUCAAGGUUCACCCAGAAGGAAAGUUUGUUGUUGAUGUUGAUAAAAACAUUGAUAUUAACGACGUGACGCCCAACUGCCGCGUCGCUUUGCGUAAUGACAGUUACACGCUCCACAAGAUCCUUCCUAAUAAGGUGGACCCCCUGGUGUCCUUGAUGAUGGUGGAGAAGGUGCCUGACUCCACCUACGAGAUGGUUGGAGGUCUAGAUAAACAGAUCAAGGAGAUUAAGGAGGUUAUUGAACUACCUGUUAAACACCCUGAGCUGUUUGAUGCCCUGGGUAUAGCGCAGCCUAAAGGAGUUCUCCUCUACGGUCCUCCUGGAACAGGAAAGACUCUGUUGGCUCGAGCUGUUGCUCAUCAUACUGAGUGUACAUUCAUCAGAGUUUCUGGAUCUGAGUUGGUGCAGAAGUUUAUUGGAGAAGGAAGUAGGAUGGUCAGAGAACUAUUCGUUAUGGCCAG